AUGGUUUUCACGGCGUCGCCUAAGCGUCGCCUUGGCGUCCAGGCGAGCUUCAGAUUGGGGUGCGGUCGCGCGCGCGGGAAAAAGGUUGAAAAAAACGCGCCGGUGCCUUGCGCGCAGGGGAAAUGGAGCAGAGCGGGCGCGCGCGGGAAAUCGCGUGCCUAUACUCCCGCGCGGGCCGCCGCAUCGCUUCAGCGCGGGAAGGGAGAGAGAGCGGAGGAAAGAGAGAAGAGGGGAGGGGGGAGAGAACAGGGCAAACCUGGAAUUCAGCGGCGCGCCGCCGGCAUCCAGCUCGCCGUCCGCCCGUCCGCCGAUUCUGCUGCGGCCGUCCGCCCGUCCGCCUCUGCUCUGGCCGUCCCCCUCUGCUCCGGUCAUCUGCCAGUCUGCGGAUUGAAGCCCGAGCCCGAUCUGCUCCACCCGUCGCCCCUUCCGCCGAUUGACGCUGCAGAUCGGCUCCCGCGCCACCAUCCUCUGCUGUUACUCCACGCCUCUCCAUCCUCUGCUGCUGCUCCUGAGCCCGACCUGCGCUCCGCCCGGCUGCCAAUUGAAGCCUCCACCUGCAGAUUGACGCCUCCAUCGAUUCGUGUCUGCUUCCUUCCUCUGCUCUGUCUCUCUGCCAACGCCCUUCCUUCACGUCAGCCAGAGCUUGCUGCUUGGGACAAGAAGAAAAGAGAAGUCAGGCUCAGGCCAUCAAGAAGGAACAAGGGCAACUGGAAGUGGGAGGAUGUCUGCUACAUGGGCUCCAAAACUUGCAGCAACAAGGAGGUCGAUACUGUUAUGGUGCAAGCUUUUGCCGCAUUCCUACCCGCAUGCGUGACGGCGUACCCUCUCUUAAAGGAUGCUCCUGACUACAUCAAGUUCACAAUUUUUGGAGGUCUGGCCUUCACCACCCUGGGCCUGUUCGUCGGGAUCCUGUCCAAAUCUGUGGCUCGUCGCGGGCUGGUCAUCCGCUUGGUCUCUUUUUCGGCUAUCGCUGUCCUGACAUUCUGCACUGCUUGUCAGCUCUCCUCACAUAUCUACAUCGGUCUCUCUGCACUUGGUGUGGUGCUGAACUUGAUCGUUAUGCUACUGCAGUUCUAGGUAAUGUAGGACACGAUCGACGUUCAAUUGGAGGCCAAUUACACAAAUUGGAGUAUCUGUUUUAUGUGUGAAAUACUGAAAUCCAUUUGCUUAACAUCAAAUUGAGGAUCAACAAACACAAAGGUCCUCCUUUUCUUUUCUUUUUUUUGAGCAAAAAAAGUACUUUUCUGCUGCACUAUCUUGUAUAUAUUUGCAAAUUCAACAUCUUUUUUUUUGGUUCAUGAAGUGUAUGUGCUGUUUUAGUAUGCUUGAAGCAUGCUGGAAGCAAUUGACAGUCUGAACUCAGCUGAAUAUUCAGAAAAACAGCCUGACCACUA